AUGAAACGUAUGAAAGCAUGCAGUUCGUUUGAUUCUGGCGCAAGAAACGGCAAACCGAACGGUUGUGUCGGCGGAGAGCAGCAGAAUGGAGGGAAAAGGUGGCAUGUGAACGAGUUGAUAGAGGCUCGGUUCAUGCGACUACACUGGACAAGGGAGGACGGUGGUACAAGCUUGUGUGCAAAUUUUCACACACUCUCUCGCCUCAAUGGCGUCGCCGACUCAACGGCCGGAUAG